CCACCAUCCUAUGUGUGGUUGAGUUUGCUUCUCACAAUGUCAUCUCACAAGACUCUCAGGGUCAAGCAAUUCCUGGCCAAGACACAAAAGCAGAAUUGUCCCAUUCCUCAAUGGAUUCGAACAAAAACUAGUAAGGUCAGGGACAAUUCCAAGAGAAGACACUGGAGAAGAACCAAGCUGGGUCUAUAA